AUGUUUCGUUCAUCUGUUUAUCGACGUAAUAUUUUUGAUGCCUGUUAUGUUCUAAACUUAGAUCAUCGUACAGACCGUUGGGCCCAUGUACGUCGUCAAAUGGACCGUGCAAAGAUUCAAACCUUUCUCCAUUCCCCAGCAAAAAUUACACGCGUAAGUGGAAUUGAUGGAAAAACAUUAGAUGUGGAGUCUUUAUAUAAAAAAGGUAUUAUCACCGAACUCGGAUAUAAUCGUUUUCUCCUACCAAUAGAGGAGAAAUUAUUUGGAAUGGAUCUCACACCUGGAGCCAUUGGAUGUGCGUUAGGGCAUCGAAAGGUAUGGGAGAUGAUUGUAGCGGAAGAACGUCAAUGUGCUUUAGUUCUUGAAGAUGAUGUGGAAUUCCAUCAUAAGUUUCAUCGAUUACUUCCUUCUUUAUGGUCUAAAGUUCCAUCUGAUUGGGGAAUUGUUCAUCUUGGUGGUUUAGAUCUCUUAGCGGGUGGUAAACCCCCACGGCCGUUUAUUGAUGAUGGGAUUCGUCUUGCCUAUCAAGGACACCGUGAACUCACUGCGUAUGUUAUUCAUCAGAAAGCUGCCCAACGUUGUUUGGAGUUAUCAGUACCGAUGACUUGGCAGGUGGAUACACAUAUUAGUAGUAACUUUGAGGAGGAUCCAGUGGCGAAGGAUAAAUAUAUUGUAGAUCCAAAGAUGUAUGUGUUUCAACCUUCUUUGGCUAUUCAGAUUACUUCGUUAGGGACAGAUGUGCAGAAACAUCCAUCGGAUAAUCCACAGCUUGAAGAUGCCGCACGACGUAUGCGGGAGUUUGUUGCAGGGGAGACAUCCGUACGUUAA